AUGAACCCCACCUUCGCGGUUGGAGACCACGAGGCUUUCAUGGAAUUCGCUCUUGUUCAGGCGCAAAAGUCACCGCCCGCUGCCAACAAAUUCUGCGUUGGGGCCAUACUUGUCGACGCCGCUACCGGGAAGGUCCUUUCAACAGGAUACUCACUUGAAUACCCGCGAGAUUACAAAGGAGAUCUAGGCACCACGCACGCAGAGCAGUGUUGUUUUAUCAAGAUCGCCGAUGAGCAUAACCUCCCCGAGGAACGCAUCCACGAGGUCCUUCCGGCCAACACGGCGCUAUACACAACGAUGGAGCCAUGCGACGAGAGGCUUAGCGGUAAUAUGACCUGCGCGACCAGGAUCUUGAGACUCAAGAGCGUUAUAAAGAAUGUGUAUGUGGGAAUCAAAGAGCCAGGGACGUUUAUCGCGCACAAUGACGGACAAGACAGGCUGGAAGCAAAUGGUGUCAAUGUCGUGUUCCCGGUAGAACAUUGGCGUGAUAGGAUUAUGAAAGUCUCGAUGGCUGGACACUGA